AAAGCGAGCAAUUAGCAGCUAUGGAUAGAGAGAAUUCAGAGCUGUACCUGCGUAACUGUCAGAUUAUGUGGGAGAAUGAGAGGCUGCGGAAGAAAGCUCAACGUCUCAACCAGGAGAAUCAAGCUUUGUUAUCAGAGCUGAAACGGAAAUUAGCAGCUAAAAAUGCCAAGCGGAAACCUGAAUUUGAAGUUAAUAUGGGUUCCAGUUCUGUCAGUGAUCAAAUGGAAGCCAACAAACGUCAGGUACUGGAAUGAAAGUGAUGUUCCAAGUCACUUCC